AGUCUCACGGGGGUUGAUGAGUUAAAAAAUGAGUCGGGAAAGUGUACAUUUCAUGUCAUACCUGAGGAGUCAUAUGAUGAGGAAUAUGAAUAUGUUCUGGGGUCGGAUAUAGGUAUACAAACUGAAAAUAUUUGUCUUGUAGACAGGGGUACACAGUAUGAUAUACAGGGUCAAGCGGAUGAAAAAAUGCAAACAGAUUCUGGCUCGCUGCAGUGUAAUAUUGAGAUGUAUCACAACACAAUCAGAGAAAUCAUAGCUAAUUAUAAAAGUGAAUCAUGGGAUAUCGCUUACCAAUACAUCGACGAUGAUCUGAAGUUAGAGAUGGAGUUCUACACGAUAUUUCCAGGGUAUUAUUUCUACUCAAAAUUUGAGAAGAUGAAAAUGAUCACAAUGCAUAAGCUCAACAUAACCGAAGAUGAUAUAAAUCUUGUGAGGAAGCCAGUCGCAGAGUUUAUUUGGUCUGAGAG